GGAAGUCAGAAAAAGAUGCACGAAUUUAGUCGUAAAACUAUAGACGAUGUGUUCAGAAUUGUCGGGAAGCAAAUCACAAUCAGGAAUAUGGCUCUUCUCAGCAUGACCUACAAAGGAAGCCUUAGUGAUGAUCUCAUUCCAAAGGUUAAAGACGGACAUACUUUGCUCCUCGCACUUGGAAAAAUGGGUCGCAUCGAUGAAACAAAUUUUCAACAUAUAAUCAGUUUAUUCCGAAUUUUAACCAGGCAUGAUCUAAUUCAUAUGAUGACGAUGCGAGAAAGAAAACCAGUUGUAGAACAAGAUCCAGUUGAAGCUUACUUAGAAGCAGAUUGUAAAAGCACAGGACCUAGUACUAGCAGGCAAGCUGAAGAUUCCUGCAACAACCAAAGUUUAAACCUCAACAAUGGAAGCUCAACACGGAAAAGAAAGUCACAGAUGAAUUCCAAGAAAAAUUUCAAAAAAGUAAAAACUGAAACGUUGCAAGAAGAAAAAAUAGAAGACAAUAUUUUUAAGAAGAGAGAGUCUUGUGAUAUUCGACUACGAGUCAAAGCUGAAUACAGUCAACAUUCGAACGCUUUAGAUGGGAACAUUUUCUCUGAUAAACCUGACCUACUCGAAAGACAAUUUGAAAAAUUUGCUCAAGCCAAUACUAUAUUAAAAUCCAGAGAUCUUGGGUCCAUUGUGUGUGACAUUAAAUUUUGUGAAUUGACUUAUCUUGAUGCGUUUUGGAGAGACUAUAUAAAUGGAUCCUUGUUGGAGGCUUUAAAAGGUGUUUUCAUCACAGAUUCUUUAAAACAAGCGGUUGGCCAUGAAUCAAUUCGAUUACUGGUUAGUGUUGAUGAAGAUGACUAUGAGGCUGGACGGUUGAAGCUAUUGUCCAAUUUAAAAUCAUAG